GGCACAGCCUGGAGCCAGGCACACAGAGCAGCUCAGCAGCCGGCCCAUGUGCAGGGGCGCAGCGGGAGGCAGGAACCUGUUUCUCCUGCUCUCAGGUGUACGGCGCUGCUGCUCGGGUGCCACGCCCGGCUCCCCCGGGCGUUGGGGGAGGGGGAAGGAGGCAGGGCCGGGAAGACGCAACAAUUCCUCGUUCGCACUCUUGCACUGAGCCUCAGAGGGAGCUGCUGUUGGGAUUGUGGUUUGGAAAGUUUUGUAGAACGCGGAGAACUUCUCUCUGAUCCAGACAGGAGGACGCUGAGGAGCCCCCGGAGGUUCCUCCUCUGACUUCCUGCAUUCAGAAAUGUCUUCCAGGCCAUUUGAAAGUCCUCCACCUUAUCGACCAGAUGAGUACAAACCCUCCAACUAUGCCCCCAGCCGAGAUAUGUAUGGAGGAGAGCUGCGCUCACAGCCCGCUUACUCCUACUAUCCAGAAGAUGAGAUCCAACACUUCUACAAAUGGACUUCUCCUCCUGGCAUCAUCCGGAUCAUGGCAAUCCUUAUUGUUGUCAUGUGUGUCGGAAUCUUUGCCUGUGUGGCUUCCACCUUACCCUGGGACUUAGAUAUUACAGGGCAAUCUAUGGGCUACGGCUUUGGAGGAAGCUCUGGGUAUUCUGGGUAUUCCUCUGGCGCGUACAAUGGCUAUGGUUUUGGAGGAUCUCAGAUGGGCAUGGGCUUUGCUUACGGAGGGAAUUACACUGAUCCACGAGCUGCCAAAGGCUUUAUUCUUGCAAUGGCUGCAAUUUGCUUUAUUUGUGGUAUGGUGCUCUUUGUAAUGACCGUAACAAAGACCCAGUCUUCCACAACCAGAAGAUUCUACCUUAUUGUCAUCAUUUGCAGUGCAAUUAUGGGAGGCUUGAUCUUCAUUGCUACAAUCGUUUAUACGAUAGGGGUCAACCCAGUAGCUCAAGCAUCAGGAUCUGCCUUCUACACACAGAUUGUAUCUAUAUGUAACCAGUUCUAUACGCCUGUAACCACUGGGAUGUUUGUGAAUCAGUAUCUCUACCACUACUGUGUGGUGGAACCGCAAGAGGCCAUUGCAAUUGUGCUGGGGUUCCUCAUAGUCAUUGCAUUUGCCAUAAUUAUAUUUUUUGCUGUGAAAACAAGAAGGAAGAUAAACGAGUGUGGCAAGCAAAACAUUCUGUGGAGGAAAGAAAACUUUAUGGAAGAGGGAGAUCCGAAGGUGGAGGAAUGGGUGAAAACGGUUUCUGAGCGGAUACCAGUCAUGUCCGAAUACAAUGAAAAAGUCAAUGGAUCGAUUGUUGAGUAUAGGAGUGUGAAUGGUGUUCAGGCCUAUUCAGACCACAACUAUGGUUCGCACCCGAUCCCUGAGGAGGUAUUUCCAGUGAAAAAUGAAUCUGGCUUAGCGCCAAAGGUAUACAGCAGCAGCUCUGAUGCUAGCAAAAACGCCCCACGCAAAAAGCGGCCAGGUAGGGCCAGGAGAUCCCCCAAUGAUAACUAUGAUACAGACUAUACCACGGGAGGAGAAUCUGGAGACGAUCUGGAUGACGAAGACUGGGACAGUGAAUAUCCUCCCAUCAUGUCAGACCAACAGAGACAGGACUACAAACACGACUUUGAUGCUGGCCUGCAGGAGUACAAGAAGUUACAGGCAGAAUUAGAAGAGGUCACCAAAUCCCUGGAUCAGAUGGAUAGAGAACUGGAUGAACACCCAGAAGGGAGCCAGGCGUACAAGGCUGUUGCUGAUGAAUAUAACCAUUUAAAAGCAAUUAAAUCGUCUUCAGACUACAAGAACAAGAAGAAAGUCUGCAAGAGUCUUAAGGCCAAACUGAACCACAUUAAGCGGAUGGUCAGUGACUAUGACGGCAGCAGAUAAAGGCAACUGAAUCUCAAAAGCUGAAGAUAUAAUCAGACAUUUUAUUGAGGCCCAGUGCAUUAGGAAGUCUUGGAAGAAAUCCCAGGCCUAUUCCUUAUUGUGGUCCAAUCUACCAACGAACUCCAAACAGCAUACACCUGUAAUAAACAAAGACUUUCCAUGUUUAUGGAAGAACUGGAUGCCUAUGUUGAAUGGUUAUUAAUUCAUGGUUUGCUUUUUCUGCUUUAAAAGUUGUAUAUAAACUAAUAUUUAUAAGACCUGUGAAGAUGACAUCUUGUUUUCCUAUAACAUGAUUACCAGUCAUGGAAACUGUUUUCCAUUUAUUUUUAUUUACUCCGUUCAAUCUUAAAAAUUGUUUGCUUACUGUUGCCUGCAAGAUAUAAUUGGUGAUGUUAAAUCCAGCUGCAGUAAUUGCUCAGUACAAGAUGAAAGUUGUGCACUCAAUUACUUUUGAUUAUUUUUUUAUUUUUAAAGUCAAAUUUCUAGUCUAUAUGCAUGAUAUAUUUUUUACAAGUGUUUUAAAAAAUAAAUUCCUAUGAGUACUUUUAAGGAGGGUUUCUAAGUAAGAAUAACGAACAAAGAAACUAUAUGUUCUAUAUGGCAAGCUGGCCAAUUGGGUAUGUACUUAGUAUUUAACAAUGAACUUGUGUUAUAUUCUCAAGAUAACCUUAACCAAAUGGUAUUUUCCAUGCUAUAUGUCCACGCUUUCUAGCUUGAUCAUCGUCCUUGGCUCUGAGGUCAAAUCUUAAAAGCAAUCCCGACCCAAAUGACAUCAUUCAACAAAAAGUGCUUUAAGUUGCCCCAUUUAGCUAUGUGCAGGCUCAGGAUUCAGGUGUCCUGUUUGAGUGGUGAGAAACGUCCAUUCAGCUGUAGAAUGUUGAUUCAAGUAAAACCAUUAUCAUGGUAUAACUCCUUACCGUACUGCUUCAUUGGUUGUCUGAGCUGGCUGCCCGGAAGGUUUGGGGCUGAGUUCUAAUUUAAGAUGAUGGUUGUCACUUUUAUGCCCUUAUUUAUCAAUGAGUGAUACAUUUCACCGUGAGUGAUAAAUUGCACCAGCCAAUCACCUCCUAUCUGCCAUGUCAGGCUGGGUUUGAAAAAUGACAGUUAGGAGUGGAUUGGCUGGUGAAAUUUAUCACUCACAGUGAAAUUGAUCACUUAUUCAUAAAUAAGGGCAUUAGUUUGAAUUCGGAAGUGUACAGUUGGGUGGACUUUCCCAUUUAUUAAAUUAUUUCUGUUGUAGACUUUUUGUUAGUGUCACGGUUUCCCUGCUUACUAUUCGUUUCUAUGUUUUAUAUUGUUCACCGGGUUUGUCCUCAUCCGUUCCUACAUAUAGGCAUUGAAAAAUGAUGCUUCUUAAUGCAUCUCAAAGCUUCCUUGCAGCAUGGUGUACUUACUACAUUACUACAUACUUAAGCAUUAUUGUAGACCCUGUUUUUACUUGUUUAGCAAGGCCUCUGAGCUCUGUGGGUGGCUCUGAAAUUGAGGUGCUGAUCAGAAAGUUUGUACAGUUACGUUCUCUUGGAUGAUUUUAGUUUUGACAAUUUGUAUUGAAACGUGGUUUGUAGACUUUACACACAGUGCUUUUGGAAUAACAGAGGUUCCUAUGAUUAGGACUCGGCCAUUUCAAAGAAGGUCAUCUCUACGCCUCCGCUGUUUUAUAGGGUCAUUCUUCAGCUCUUGUCAACAGUGAGAAUUUUUAAUAAAAGCUCACAGUGAAAAUCCAUUAAUACAACCACCAUUAAGCUGCAGUGUUUGCUGGAAGUCUUUAACUUGCCCACGACUGUUCUUUUUAAUACACUACUGGUGCAUGAACAACUGAGGUAUUAAUUUUUAAACAUAUAUAUAUAUAUAUAUAUAUAUAUAUAUCUACAUUUAUUCCAUUAGUCCUCUCAAUUGUUUUACAUACUCAAACCUGUGGUUCUGAUGCAGCCCAAGUAGUAUGAUUUUUAUUUUACGUGAUUUUUUUUUGUUUUGUUUUUUGUUACUUUUUAACACGUAAGCUAAAAUCACUGUAAAUUAUGGAAGUAAUAGAUUUUUGUAUCACGUCUUAGAUUAUAGGACUUUUUUUUUUUUUAUAAUUGUAUAGAUCUACUGUUUUUCAAUAUGUUGUACAUAUUUGUAAUAAACCAGUGUACUAGUAGACAUGGAGAAGAUAAGAAAAGAUUAUGGCAUUUUUAUUUUAUUGUAUUUGUCCUUUUGGUUCUUGAAUUUAAAGUUUUGUUAAUGCUUCAUAUUUCAUCUGAUGGAUGUAUUUUACUUGUACUGUGACUAUUUGCCAAUAAAAUGUUAUAACCUUU